UAAAACUCCAACAAAUGCUGAUUAUGCACCAGUAUCAGCCAAAAACCUACCUACCUACCUUUCCGCAUUGAAAAUCACCGCCUCCAUUAGCUUCCACUCACACUUUCCACAUGAGUACUGAUCUUUCACAUUUUAAUCCCGGCGGCACUAAUUCGCCGGCAUCACCAGCACCGCCGUCGAUGCAGUCCUCGGGAAUCAACACCGUCGACUCCGACUUCUUCGUAAUCCUAGCUGCCCUCGUCUGCGGGCUAAUUUGCGUACUCGGCCUUGUUUCCGUUGCUCGCUGCGCCUGGAUCCGACGGUUCGCCACCGGAAAUUCAGCUGCUCCUUCUCCUCCGGCGAACAAAGGUUUGAAGAAGAAAGUCCUCAAAUCACUUCCGAAGUUCAGUUACACACUCGAACGAUCUAGGGAAUUCUCAGAAUGUGCAAUUUGCCUGUCGGAAUUCGCAAUCGGAGACGAAAUUAAAGUGCUGCCGCAGUGCGGCCAUGGAUUCCACGUAGGAUGCAUUGACACGUGGCUGGGAUCGCACUCGUCUUGCCCUUCGUGCCGGCAAAUCCCAGUGGUUACCAGGUGCCAUAAGUGUGGCGAGUUGCCGGUGGCGGUGGCGAGCUCGUCGUCAGGUCCGAUAGAUUAUCAUGUGAAUGCAUUUUUACCAUAGAGAGAGUUAUUAAGUGACAGUACAAAUUAAGGUGCACUCGAAAUUUAUAGUUUUAAAUUAAUAAUUUAUAUAUAUUAAAAUUGGUUUUCUAAGAGGAAUAUAAGAUUUCAGUCAGCUGAAUUCUACCCCGAACUGAUCCGCUUGAAGCAGUAUAUUAGCCUGUGUAUAUAUUACUCAUGUAUGCAUAUAUCAAAUAACUACUAAUACUAUAUCAAUUUAUAGUGAACUAAAUGGUGACUAUUCCUUCACGAUAGUUUAACUAAUAAAACGUUUCCAGUUUUCUUCUACUAUUAAGAAUUUUAUUGAAUUCAUUAAAAUUAAGGAUUCAAAUCUAAUACUUGUUAAGACUUUAGUAAGUUUUUACAUAUAAAUUCAUACCCUAUGUCAAAAGUUGGGGGUUCUAUUGAGCCCGUAGACGAAAGCCUUGCCAACCGCCCUUUUGGUCAACAUUUCAAAGCUAAAAUUGGUUUAGCAUUUGAAUUUUAUGAAUUCGAAUUCACAAUUUUAUUAUAUUCCAAUUCAAAAAUUAUUAUUUAUACUUUAUGAGUUUCUAAUGCUCUCUACUCCUUCGGGGUAGGGGUAAG